AUGAAGGAGCUUCUGGUUCCUGCUCUUCCAGAGAAAACAAAUAUAGAGAGGGGCUAUGUGACCCCUCAACAGGUGUAUAACCUGCUAAACGCUGAAGCUGGUGAGCCUGCACUUCAUGACCCGUACUACAUUCUCAUACUGGACUGCCGCUCUGCAGACAGGUAUAAGCAGAGUCAUCUGGUGACGGCACGUGCAAGUGUGACAGUAAUUCACCCUGAGCUGGGCUGUUUGAUAAGCUGUGUCCAGCUACAGGAGUUCUCCAUUAUUCUGCUAUACGCAGAGGAGGGACACAGCCCAGUAGGCAGUCAGGAAGCCCGUGCUGACAGCCCCACUCUUCAGCACUGUUUCUUCCAACUGAGCGCGCUCGGUAUGGACCCCGUGAUCUUACUGGGCGGUUUUUCGGCCUUCCACUCCCUCUACCCCUUCCUGUGCACACCACGCAUGGUCCUUCUUGAGUCUGAACGCCGCCUACUCACCAUCUAUCCCUCAGAGAUCCUGGAGGGGGCGCUGUACCAGGGUUCUGCCUCCCAGGCUCACGACUACCGCAUCAUCAAGAACCUCCACAUUACACAUGUGGUCAACGCUACCGCUGAAAUUUCUGACGCCUUCCCAAAUGUCCUGCGGUACCUGCGGCUGCGGCUCAGUGAUGACGCCCAGCAGGACCUUCGGCAAGCCCUUCCGGAAGCUUCCCGGUUCAUUGCGGCAGCUCUUCGGGGGUCUCCGGGAUCACCCGGUGGGCGUGUCCUUGUACACUGCAGCCUGGGCCGCAGCCGUAGCUCGGUGUUGACACUGGGUUUCCUGAUGGAACAGCGCCGCUGGUCCCUGCUUCACGCCUUCCGCUGGCUCAAAGAAAGGCGCACAUGCGCUGCACCCAACGCAGGUUUUCUCAGACAGCUCUCGGACUACGAGGAGCAGCUGUUCGGGCGGCGUCUCACCUCGCUGGACGAUAUCCGGCUCUGA